GAAAUUCAACAUACUUUAGAAAAGACUCGAGUCUUCAACACACACCUGUUUCAUUGCUUCGAGACUCAUUUUUAUUUCGGCACUGACAGCUGACGUUGACAUUUCAUAAACAGAUGGUGCGGCAGCAUUUAUAUUUUUUUGUCAAAUAAAACAAAUAUUACACUAUUAAUAACAUUAUAUUCUUUAAACAAAAACUAUUAUGGUUUCGCAAGAGUUUCAAGCGAUUGUGUUGGCAGGUGGACGUGGUUCACGUUUACCGGAAGUUUUAGGAAAUGCACCAAAAUGUUUACUGCCCAUUGGGCCGUAUCCAUUAUUGUGGUUUCCACUAAAUUUACUACAGCAACACAAUUUUCAAGAGGCUAUUGUAAUUGUUUUGGAAACUGAAAAAUCGGAAAUUCAACAAACGCUUGAACGAACGCCACUGAAAAUAAAAUUGGAUUUUGUGUCCAUACCUAGUGACCAUGAUUUUGGCACCGCUGAUAGUUUACGUUAUAUACACGACAAAAUCAAAUCUGAUUUCAUUGUGUUAACAUGCGAUAUUGUGACGAAUGUUAGUUUGUAUCCAUUGAUUAAUAAAUUUCGUCAACAUGAUGCUUCUGUUGCUGCGUUACUAUUCAAGAGUGGUUUUGAGUUAGAUGUAACUGUGCCGGGACCAAAAUCGAAACACAAGCCGGAACGUGAUCUUAUAGGUAUACAUCCUGACUCACAGCGCUUAUUGUUCCUCGCAUCAACAAGUGACUUUGAUGAAGUUAUGAAUGUCAAUGCACAUUUGUUGCGUAAAAAUAAAAAAAUGGUUAUAUACUCCCGUUUGGUUGAUUCACAUAUAUAUGUGUUAAAAAAAUGGGUUGUGGAUUUUCUUAUUAAGAAAGAUCAUUUUACCACCUUAAAGGGAGAAUUUUUACCAUACAUUAUCAAAAAGCAAAUGUCUAAAAAAACUGUAAGCAAUGUACCAGAUACACAGUCAGAAAUUGGCGUCAGCAACAAACAGGAAGAUGACAUAUUCAAUUUCAUACCACAAACCAAUCUGGAUCAACAAAUACAAAAGACAACACUCUACAAUGACACGCGCAGUGCUGAACCUUACAAUGGUGACUUAGUGCGCUGUUAUGCCAUAGAAGCACCAAAGGAUAAGAUUGGAGUCAGAGUAAAUACUACGCUUAGCUUUUUCGCCAUUAAUCAAAAGCUAUCUUCCAUUUGGUCACAAUUAUGUGGAGAGCAACUCCAUCCACUUGUGUCACCAAACUCUGUAGUCAGUUCAACACAAACAAAAGAAAUUGCUGUUGCUGAAAACGCAAAACUUUCCGAGAAAACUUCUUUAAAUUUCAGUGUCUUUGGUUCGAAUUGUACUGUUCAUCCUAAAAAUAUUAUAAAUAAAUCUUUGAUUUUGGCAGGCGCCUUAGUUGAGGAAGGCUGCAAUAUUGAAAAUUGCAUCAUUGGCCAUAAAGCAGUUGUGAAAAAAGGUUCAAUACUUAAACAUUGUUUAAUUGGUCCUGGUUUUAUUGUGGAAGAGAGUACUCAGAAGCAAAUGCAACACUUGACCAAUGCAGAUGGUUUUAUGGAAAUUGAUAUACAAUAAAACAAGUUCAAUAAAUACAUUUU